GCCAUUGUGGUGGGCAAAUCAGUACGGAGUACUCCGUCAUUCUCAACUCCUUCUGCCUUUUAACUAAACCUCUCUUAUCUCCCAUGGCAGAGCACGAAGAGGAUCGCAAAGCUUCUACCAUUUCAAAGCGCAAAAAGGAAUCUCCUCCGUUUGUGGAGGUGAUCUGCGACCGCACAAAAAAGACAUGGAGGUUUGCAGCCGGGACGGAGGCCAAAUUUGCCGUCAAAAUGAUAAACAGCAAGCUCGAUUCCAAAUAUCAGCUGCCCCCUGGAACGCUUAUAGAAGCGGUCAAAGACGGCGAAGAGUCCGUAAUGUUCGGCCCCAAUGCGGUGCUCGUCAAUUACGGCGACGGUUGGAGUCUGCGGACUGCUACUGAUCCCGCCGGUUUUGGGAGGGCUAAGCAGGACAACACCGUGGUGAUGGGACAAGCAUAUCAUCCCCCCACCAUGGGAUUGGAUUACCAACUUACAAAGAGGACAUCAGAAGGGGCUUCCAAGGCCUUAUACAUCGGAAAGAUAUUGCUUGCAUUUAUAUUUAUAUUUUUGUUAGGUGCAAUAUUCACCUUGAUGCUGGAAAGCCUUCCGAAGCUAGUUGAGUAUCGUCAACAUAGUAAUGAAACCGGAUGAAAAUGACAG